CUGCUGUGUUCUCGCUGGCAGUGCGUUCCGGGUGUUCGAAAAUAAUGGCAACGCCGAGGAAAGGGGGAACUGGUGACGAGCAAGGCAACGACGUCCCCAUCGCUCGUGUUGUCGACAGACCGGACGAUGACCGAAGCAGAAGAGACGACGACGUCGCCGUCGUAAUCGGACAGCUCGUUCCUGCCCCGGCGCUACCCGCCUACGCGGUAUCAGCAACGUCAAGGGCAACCCCCGACCGCACUCCCUGGGCAGCCACCUCGCGGGGACCUUCAUCUUCUCCCUCGUACGCAGCACCGGUCAUGCACAACAGCACGGGCUCGUUCAGCGUCGCUGGGACCAGCACUUCGGGGGGAGCCCGCAGCGGCGGCCUUAGACGUGGAAGCAGCGGUGGCCCGGUCGCGGGAGGGAAAGCACGCGGAGGUGGCGUUGAGGAAGACUCUGCUUCCGCUGCUGCUGCUGGUGGGGAAGGGACGUACAUGCCGGUGAUGACACACACAGGGAUGCAUAACGUCCCCGGCUGCGGUAUCGCUAGCAGCACGGGGGGGAGGCGUUUCGGGGAGGGUGCGCCGGCGACGACGGCCGCCGCUCGCGGCGCUCCGUUUGCGCUGGAAGGAGGCGGGGGAUCCUUGCCGAUGAAGGACGGAGACUACGUAGCCGACGGGGGCCCCGUGCUUGUCGCGUGCGGACAGGGGAAGUCGAUGUACAAAGUCAAGGGGUGCAUCUCGUCGUGGGUUCUCGUUGGCGGUGGUGGCGGCGAGCAACCAGACGCCGUCAAAGAAAAAAUGGCUGCAGCAGCCGGCGGUGGCGCCGGGGAGGGGGGCGGAGGAGGAGCACCCAGCAACCAAUCCUGGGCACUUCGGUCCGAGGACAACCCGGCCGGAGACGGCGGAGUGAUGUGCUCGGCGUGCGUUCCAUCCAUCGCAUCAGGGCAAUCGUCGGGCACGCUUAUCACGGGGGGGAAAGACAGCGUUCUGAGGGAGUGGGAGAUCGCGGAGGGACGCCCGCGCCUGGUGGCCCACAUCUCGGGGCACACCGACUGGAUCUCCUGCUGCGCUCUCGUUCCCUCCGCGACCGCCGGCGUCGCCCCCUCGGUCGUGGUGUCCGGCGGGCGGGACGCGUCCGUUCGCUUCUGGCAUAAGUCCGCCGCCGCCGCCGCGGAGGCCGCCGCCGCCCGAGCGGCAUCGGACGCCCUGACCAAAGAGUCCGCCGGGGGCGGCGGGGGCGAGGGCGGUGGUCCUGUUCCGCCGGGCGAUGGCGGGUGGUCGCUGGCUUCCUCCGUGGCCACGGCGCACGGGUCAUCCGAGUUCGUGACGUGUUGUGCCUCCCCCGGUGGGUCCUCGGGGGCGGCGGCGGGCUGGGUGGCGACCGGGGGCACCGAUUGGUCGGUUCGACUGUGGGACGUGGUCAAGUCCCGUGAGUUGGGCAGGCUGUCCUUCAUGGGCCACAGCCACCAGGUUCGUUCGCUGGCGUGCUCCUCGGACGGAAACCUUCUCGUCAGCGGGGGCGACGAUCACAAGGUCAUCGUCUGGUCGCCUCAGAGCCGAAGAGUUGUCGCAACGCUCAAGAGCCACGCCAGCGCCGUUCACGGCGUCGCCGUGGACCCGGGCACGCACUCCGGCGACGCCCCCCGAUGGAUAGCCUCCGGCGGCGGCGAGGGCUUCCUCCUCGUGUGGGACCCCAGGAACUUCGGCUCCCCGGUCGCGACCCUCCGCGGAGAGGUAGCCGCCGCCUCCGCCGCCGCCGCCCCGUCCUCCCUGUCGGGGGCCUUCUCCUCCGGCGUGUCCGUCGUCGAGCGGGAAGGCAGCCUGCAGGGAGGGCUUGCAGGUGCGAGGUCGAGGGGGGAGAGCGGCCGGUGGGAGGGGGAGACCGCGGGCGCCACGAUGCUGAACGCCGUGAACUGCCUCGCCGCCGGCGGCGCCGGGAGCUGCGGGGACUGGCUGUUCGCCGCCGGGGAGACGGUCGUCCGGUCUUGGCGACGGAGGGACGGGAUCUGGCACGGCGGGGCCGGGCUCCCCGGCGAGGGGCUGGGGGGAAUCGCGAGCCUGUCGGUGAUUGAAUAAUUUUUUUCAUAAUGCAGAUGAAGGAUGGGCGUUGCUCACCCCUCGGCGGUCGAGGAAGAUUUUUCGUGGUACAAAAGGAUUAGGAGGGCGGACGGUGCUAGCCUCUCGGCGGUCGAGUAGGAUUGUUCGUGGCACAGAAGGAUCGGGAUGGCGGACGUUGCGGAAUGAUGAUGUCACCACGAGCUUUGCGCGGGUGCGGUGUGGUUGGGGUGGGGAGUGGUGUCGCUAUGGCCCUGGGGAGUAUUGUGGGUCCCCGUGAACGGCUUUCGGGUUGUGGCCAUCGUGUUUUUUUUUGUGGAAAUGUUUACAUUUGGUAUCGUGUUUUGAGUACAAGCCCGCACAUGAUGCACACAUGGGUGUGCAGGCCUCCCUCUCUUUGGAUGCAGCGUGGAUGUGGGCCGUCAUAACACCUCGGGGUGAAACGAGGCGAAAACACACCCCAGACGUGGUCCGUACGUACCUUGGGGAGGCGUGAUUUUUUCUCCCGAGCCGACCUGAUGUUCACCCUGGGAAGGGGCGCUCAAUCCAGUGUGUGGAGAGAAAAACCGUAGGCCGCGGGUCAUUGGUAGCUUGGCUGUUGUAGAGCAAGAAAAUGUGAUGCCCAAAAAAGUGAAGGCUCACCUUCGGGAAAUAGGUGGCUUGCAUCCCAGGGGCGACGCAAAAGGACAUGGCCAACGUAAUCGCGAUCGCACCGUUGCAUCUCAACGCCAUGACCGUACAGUCCCGGCUUUGCGUACAACCUGCAGAAUUUGCCAGAGGAGAAGUUGCAUCAUGUACGGGGUAUGUAUAUUUUUUUCUCGCCGCAACGUUUUUCGUGAAUGUGUGCGCUCUUAGGCUAGCGGCGUCUUUGCUGCAGGUCCGACUGCUGUAACCCGCUGCGUUUGAUCACUCGCUCUUGUGUAUUCGUGUUGCCCAUGGCCUGUGGGACGUACGUCUGUAUUGCGCAGGAACCAAAAGUCUUGUUUAUGCAAAGCAGCUUUUUUCUGCUUCUGGGGAAGGGUCUCUUCGUGCAUAACACGUCCUCGAUGUGUAGAGCCAGUUUCUUCAGCUUUGGGCGUCAAGCACACGCGCCACGGGUGGCUGGCGGUCCUCGGGCAUGCGCUGUAAUGUACCGGCGAUACCCCUGCGUGCUCCUGAGCAGGAAGCGUGAGACAAGACUCGUCAGCCCCCAGCGAAACAUGUCUCGAAGCACGAAGACAGGCGAAAUGGCACUAGUCUACAUGUACAUCGUCCCUUUUGCGUGCUACUAGCGAAAGGGCAGCGACUGUCGGGAUAAUGAUUCUUGGCCAAACCAUUCACAACAUGGUGUCGUUGUAGAGAAGAAGAGAAGAGGUUGAAGGAAGGGCCCCAAGAUCGUGGUAGUGGUAACUUUGGCGCGUCAUGUACGGAGAGGGCAGGAAACGUCGAUAAUGUUGUUCCGUGAGAUUCAGGCAAAGGCAGGGGGCCAAGAAUAGAUGAGUGUAGCCUGGGGCCUUCUCGAGGAUCCGCACACUUCAGGUGGCGAAGGAUAGCGCACCCUUUUUGACCGAUUUUAAGAGCUCGAUUACUUCACCAAGAGAGGACGUCAACAUCAGAACUAUGAGCCUUCUCGGUCCCAACGCCGCCAUUUUCGGCACCGUCCUGUUUUUCUGCAGGGCAAUCAAGCCUUUUAUUGACGAUCGGUCCACGGGGUGUGGUGUCUUACGCAACGCCCGUCGGCGUGGUGUCCGGAAUGUUCUGACGAUCUAUUGUGCGUACUUGGCUAUUUAGUGUCGGUUUUCAAUCCUUGUCGCCCACACAGGAAACGAUGCGAUUACAGCGAAGUUCGUUGCCUGGAAACCAAUGUGUUGUCCUGGAGAGCGAGCACCAACGAGAGAGGCUCAAGGCUGCAAGGCGGCAAGACUAUUGGAGUCCGAAUUGCUGAGUCGAAAGGGCUGCCAGCGUGAUGGGUUGCUUAAAGUAUCAUGAUUUACGUGAUUCGGCGUCGCCGCCGGAAAAGUUCGAGUCGUCCUGAAGGGCGGCCUCUCUCCCCGAUGAGGAAUAUAAGAAUACGUGCCCAAGAAAAUGGGCAGGUACUCACAGGUUUUCUAAUUGGUCCACAGUUUUCGCCGUACGCCUGCCGAUGCUGGCUUGUGAAGUGGGCUGGCGGCUUCGUUCCUUUAGAGCAACUCCCUGCAUGGC